CGAGAUAUACUAAUGAAUAAUCACAAAGGGCGCCACUAGAAUGUGUUUUAACUGCAAAGAGUCAGUUAUCAUUGAUACAUAGAAGGUUGUGUGGUUCAAGAAAUGAAGGAUUAUCACAUAUAUAAGGCUCUACAGUGUCGAGUCCGCCCAAACCAUGCAGAUACAUUACCUAGCUCUGCUGAUACUCAUAGUUGAAGCAUACGGAGAAGACAGCUGUGGAUGGGGGAAAUAUGGAGACAAGUGCGACAAAGAUUGCCCUUUGACCUGCAUCUCUGACCCAGUACGAAACCUCAGACACUGCCACAAGGAGACAGGGAAGUGCUCGGAGGGGUGUGUGCCGGGGUGGUUUGAGGAUCUCUGUGACCACGCUUGUACCAGGAACUGCUUGAGAAACACCUGUAAUCGCCAAAAUGGCAUCUGCACGUUUGGAUGUAGUGGAAACUACACAGGGGACUUCUGUAACAUUAUUCCAGGCACUUCGAGGACACCUCCCAGGGAAUACAGCACACGCACGUCGGCAACACCUCCCAGGGAACACAGCACACACACAACGCCGACAGAGAAAACACUGGACCUCGCUGCGAUACUUGUCCCUGUGUUCCUCAUCCUGGUUGCUGUCCUCGCUGUGGUGGUGUUCAUACUGCGAAAACGAAAAAAGCGAAAAACCAGACGAAUUCGCGAUGCACUGGCAGCUAUAAUUCCACGCUGGAGAAGAACUAAUACAGCUAGCAGUGCUGAUGAAGAAGAGCCGUUCUUUACAGAGCGAGGUGGAGAAGCCUUUGCCACAUCCAAAAGAGACGAUGAUUCCAUCUGCAGUUUUGUGGACGAUGUAAACCUGUUAUCUGAUGAUCAAGAAGAGGUGAUAAAGGAUAUCAAAAAGGCAUAUGUUGAAACUGAGACUUUCAAGAAGGUGAAAGAAAAACUGGAGACGUUUGGCCAUGUGACAAUAAGCGGCGCUCCAGGAUCUGGUAAAACAUCCAUGGCCCUGAUGCUGGGAGAUGAAUACAGGUGGCAGGGGUAUGAGCUGGUGCUGGUUGAGGAUGUUGAUAAAGUACAGUUGUCUGAUUAUAUGGAUAAAGAUGAAGACGUGUGUGUCAUAUUUGAUGACAUGUUUAAGGCAGUCAGAUCAUACACGGAUCUGUUCAGUCUUAAGCACUUAUUGUAUGACCUUCAAGUGCUCCUGGAACAGUGUGGUGGAAGGGCUGAAAGACGGUACGAGUGCCUGCAACAAGAACCAAGUGAGGACCAGAGAAAAGUCAGUCAACGAAACAUAUUGCUCAUAUUCACUGCAGAAACCGACAGUCUUGAGUGGGCAAUGUCAAAACUGGAAGACCAACGUGUUUUCCAAAGCUCAUCACAUGUCAGACUAGGUUUUACACGUGAGGAAAAGGAAGCUUUGUGGCGGAAAUACAGAUGUCUGUAUACAAGUAGAGCAGAAGUUGAUGUGAACAAAAUUAUUUCAUGCGAAGAAACAACUGUCGGUUUUCCUCUUGUAUGCAAACUUUUUGCAAGAUAUUCUGGCUUUCACACACAUCAUGAACUGUUUUUCGAGGACCCUGUUGUUUGUAUAAAACAUCAACUUCUUACGAUUAUGAGCCUAUUGGAUCAAAAGUCAGCAGCUCUCAUCCUGCUGUUACUGUGUGACGGCCAUCUGGACAUCCGCCAGCUGGAGACUGAAUGUGACCCAAAACUAGAGGCCCACUUCAAAGACGUUACACGUAUUGUGAAGACAUCAGCAAGACAAGAUGUUGUGAAGUCUAUCAGGAGUUUUUGUGGUACAUUUUUGACAGGAGGAAACAUGGCAACAUUUUCCCAUUCUGUAAUUUAUGAUGUUUGCGCUUCUGUCUUAUUCAGUAUUGCACCAGAGUUUACACUAACACAUUGCAGUAUUAAGUUCCUCUUAGAUCAUGUGCAAGUUCAGCAAGCCAACGUUUCUUUCUCAGGAACACUUGUUGCCAGAAUGGCUGCAGCUGUUUUCGGUGGUGCUUUCAGUACAUACAUGUGGCACCCCAUAUGGAAAAGGCAAGAUACAGCUGACAUAUUAUCACAGAUGAUCACGGAUCGAGCUACCUUGUCUGAUGAUGCCAAGGACAACAUUCUCCUUUACGCCUGUUUCACUGGGAAGAAGUAUAUCCUAGAGCGACUUCUUCCUCACUGUGACAUCAAUAGGCGUGGGUUGAGUGGCUGGACACCAGUGAUGUAUGCAGUUGUGUCUGGACAGAUAGACUGUUUGGACAUCCUUGUGAAACACAAAGCUGACAUUACUUUAUGUGAUAUCAGCAACUACAAUGUAUUGCAUUUGGCGUGUCAACAUGGACAUGGGCCCACUGUAAAACGUGUAAACAGGGAAGUAAGGACACUUCAUGCUGAUUUGGUUAAUGCUCGAGGAAUACAUAAUUAUUGGACGCCAAUUAUGUGUGCAGUGGUCUUUGGGGAUGAAGUUGCCUUAGACUAUCUUAUCAAAGAAAAGAAGAAGUUUGAGAUCAUGAAAAGACACAAACUAGAUUUAACCUUAAGAGAUAGCAACAACGACACUGUGCUUCAUCUUGCAUGUCGCUUUGGAACCAUGUCCACUGUAGACGGUCUGCUCCCCCACACAGUUAUAAAUAGUCGGGGCAACAAUGGACAGACCCCAGUAAUGUCUGCAGUAUUGUCUGGAAAGAAGGCAACGUUCGACCUUCUUGUGUCAAACAAAGCUGACACCACACUGACUGAUCAUGACAACAACAGUGUCCUUCAUUUGGCUUGCCACGUUGAUGAUGUAUCCCUCAUAGAGCAAAUCGUGCCAAUGUUUGACAUCAAUAGUCGGGGAAAACAUGACUUGACACCAGUGAUGAAGGCAUCUGUAAAUGGAAAGAUAGAUGCAUUCAACAUCCUGAAUACCCUGGAGGCGGACCUCACACUUACUGAUGACAACAACAACAAUCUCCUCCAUCUUGCAUGUCAUGGGGGAAAUGUCUCCAUUGUUCAACUGUUACUGCCAAAGUUUGACAUCAACAGUCGGGGAAACAACGGAUGGACGCCAGUGAUGUGUGCAGCUGCCAGUGGAGUAGAGGGUGUGUUCCACCUGCUUGUGUCACGGGGGGCUAAUCUCACACUGAGGGAUGACUACAACAAUUAUGUAUUCCAUUUAGCAUGUAUAGGUGGAAAUAUUUCCAUUGUGAAACAUCUAUUGUCAGGGACAGACAUCAAUUGUCUGGGAAACCAUGGGAGAACAGCUAUAAUGAUUGCAGCUUUGCUUUCAAAACCAGCUCUUUUCAAACUACUGUUGACAAAGAAGGCCGAUAUCACACUGACUGAUGAUUAUAAAGACACAGUCUUGCACCUUGCGUGUCAGGGUGGGAAUCGUUCCAUUGUGAAAUAUCUGAUGCCAAAGUUUGACAGCAAUGCUCCUGGAAGACAUGGGUGGACAACACUUAUGAAUGCAGCUUGGGCUGGGAAGAUAGAAGUGUUCAACCUACUUUUCUCAGAGAAAGAUGAUGUGCCACUGUCCAAAGACAAUCUUGACAAUGUCCUGCAUUUGGCAUGUCAUGGUGGAAAUACCGCCAUGGUGGAAUGUUUGCUGUUGAUGUGUGACAUUAACAGUAAGGGAAACAAAGGGCGGACACCAGUUAUGGUUGCAGCAUGGGCGGGACAGAGGGAUGUGUUCGAUUUGCUUGUGAGGAAGAAGGCUGAUCUCACUUUGAUUGAUGACAACACAGACAAUGCUCUACAUCUGGCAUGUCGAGGAGGGAACACAGCCAUUGUGGAAUCACUUCUGAAGAUAUUGGACAUUAAUACGAAGGGACAGAAAGGCUUGACACCAGUGAUGUAUGCAGCUAGGUCUGGACAGAGGCAUGUGUUCAAUUUGCUUGUGUCACAAAAAGCUAUGCUAAAACUGCUUGAUGAUUCUGGGAACAAUUUACUGCAUCUUGGUUGUCAGGGUGGAAAUCAGUUCAUCAUAAAGUAUCUCCUGACCAAGUUUGACAUUAAAAAUUCGCGAAAAGACGGAUGGACGACAAUAAUGAUGGCAGCUGUCGGUGGAAAGAAAGAUGCUUAUGACCUGAUUGCAACAAGAGGAGGUAAUCCAUCACUGACUGCCCCUGAUAAUGAUACUGUUCUUCAUGCAGCCUGUCAAGGUGGUAAUGUAGCCAUUGUCAAGGCGGUGAUUGGCAAAUUUGACAUCAACACCAGAGGCAGAAAUGAUCAGACUCCACUGAUGAGGGCAGUGUGUGGAGGCCAUGUUGUUGUGUACAAAUUCCUGGUAUCUCAUAAAGCUGACCAAACUCUGGUAGACAAGGAUGGACACACUCUUCUUCAUCUUGCUACUCAGCAUGGUCAGCUUCAUAUAGUGAAAUACAUCAUAGACUCUGUUGACAUCAACACUAAAGACAAGGCUGGCUUGACACCUGUCAUGACGUCAGCAGUAUACAACAAAGAUACAGUGUUUGAAUAUCUCAGAAGAAGAGGCGCAGACUUGUCACUGGUUGACAACGCAGGGAAUGAUGUGUUGGGUCUCGCUCGUGAAGCAGGAAGCAGACAAAUCAUAGAACACAUGGAUCAACUGGAACCAGCCAGGAUGGCCAAGCCAUAGACUCGAAUGACGAAAUCAUGUUUUGGCAAAGUGUUUACUCCCACUAAGAUAUUGCCUAUGUGACGUUAAAUCUUAACUCACUCAUUCACUCUUCCACUAAGAAGAUCAGAUUGUUACACCACUGAAACAACUCAGGAGUCACUACUGCCCAAAUGCCCAAGCUGAAAACAUAGAACAGAAAGUAUCCUGACCUGAACCACGGGUGUCACAUAACAUCUAGCUUCUUGUACCGUAUGGCUGUACAUGGCUAUCAAAGUGAUGAUGGCUACAUGUGUCUCCGAAGGGUGUCACAUAACAUCAAGCUUCUUGUACC